AAUGACAGUGACAGAGAGAGAGAGAGAGAGAGAGAGAGAGAGAGAGAGAUUGCUUGCUGUGUCACAAACUACACGCACUACGCAGCCAAACUACACGCAGCAAGGCAUUAGCAAACAGAGAAUAUAGCUGGCCCCUUUUCUGAUCCUUCGCUCUGGUGCUUCUUCUCACUUCGUGUUUUGGUAUUUUCUUGAAAAGUUUCACUCAUAAUGCUCACGCAUGCAUAUAGAAACUGUGCUCGAGGGGAUUUCUGUCGUUUUAGUGAAGAUUUCUCACUCACUGGUUGCUCAUGCACAUAAGGUCUGCAAUGCAUUUUACCUCAGGGAAAACUCAGAAGUGGGUUCUAAGUUGCUAUGCAUAAGUUGAUUUGUUAUUAUUGAAGAUGGACCUGGUCAUUGGAGUCUUAGCAUUGGCAUAUUUAUCUUCUUUCGUGGCCCCUGAUGCACAAGGAGAUGCAUUGUAUGCUUUUAAAACUUCACUUAAUGCUUCAAGCAGUCAGCUCAGAGAUUGGAAUCCAGAUCAUGUUAAUCCUUGCACUUGGUCCAAAAUUGCGUGCGACGGUGAGAAGCAUGUAACAUCAGUGAUAUUGCCUAAUAUGGGAUUUUCUGGAACCCUGUCACCAAGAAUAGGGAUCUUGAAGAUGCUGACCACACUUGAUUUGCAAGGAAAUGGCAUAAUUGGUAACAUACCUGAAGAGCUUGGAAAUUUGACAAGCCUGACUAUGUUGGAUCUAGAAAAUAACCAUUUAAUUGGAGAAAUACCAUCUUCCCUAGGCAAUCUGAAGAGGCUCACUUUUCUGAUUUUGAGUCAGAAUAAUCUCUCUGGAUCAAUUCCUGAAUCACUUUCAAGUCUUUCAAACUUGACGGACCUCCAGCUUGCUUCAAAUAGUCUAAGUGGACAAAUACCUGAGCAGUUAUUUCGGGUUUACAAGUACAAUUUUACAGGGAACCAGUUGAAUUGCGGCAUCAAUUUUUCCCCACAUUGUGCGUCUGGAAAUGCAGGUCGUUCAAGAAAAUCGCGGACUGGUAUGAUAGUGGGAAUUGUUGUUGCGCUCUUGAUUAUUCUACUUCUUGGAUGUUUUCUCCUGUUACUUUUGUGGAAGGGUGGACAUAAAGGCUACAGGCGCGAAGUCUUUGUUGAUGUUGAAGGUGAAGUUGACCGGAGAAUUGAAUUUGGUCAACUGAAAAGAUUUGCCUGGAGAGAAUUGCAGCUUGCUACAGACAGUUUCAGCGAAAAAAAUGUCCUUGGACAAGGGGGCUUUGGGAAGGUUUAUAAGGGAGUUCUUGCUGAUAACACAAAGGUUGCUGUCAAACGUUUGACUGAUUUUGAGAGUCCUGGGGGAGAUGCAGCUUUCAGGCGUGAAGUUGAGAUGAUAAGCGUGGCUGUCCACAGAAAUCUUUUACGUCUGAUUGGCUUUUGCACCACGCCAUCUGAACGCCUUUUGGUUUACCCUUUUAUGCAAAACUUGAGCGUUGCCUCUCGUCUCCGAGAGCUUAAACCGGGGGACCUUGUUUUGGAUUGGCCUACACGAAAGCGGGUGGCACUCGGCACUGCACGUGGAUUAGAGUACCUGCAUGAACACUGUAAUCCUAAAAUCAUUCACCGGGACGUUAAAGCUGCAAAUGUCUUGCUGGACGAAGAUUUUGAGGCUGUUGUUGGCGAUUUUGGCUUGGCAAAGUUGGUUGAUGUGAGAAAAACAAAUGUAACAACUCAGGUAAGAGGAACGAUGGGCCACAUAGCUCCUGAAUACUUGUCCACAGGAAAAUCAUCAGAAAAGACGGAUGUUUUUGGCUACGGGAUCAUGCUUUUAGAGCUCGUGACUGGCAAGCGAGCUAUAGACUUCUCGCGCUUGGAAGAUGAGGACGAUGUUUUGCUUCUUGACCACGUCAAGAAAUUGCAGCGAGAGAAAAGAUUGGAUGCCAUUGUGGACCAAAACCUAUGUAGAAACUACGACAUCCAUGAUGUGGAGAUGAUAAUUCAGGUUGCACUACUUUGUACUCAGUCUUCACCAGAUGACCGUCCAGCAAUGUCAGAAGUCGUCCGCAUGCUGGAAGGAGAAGGGCUUGCCGAAAGGUGGGAGUUGUGGCAGCACCUUGAAAUCACAAGGAGGCUCGAACAUGAGAGGUUACAAAGAAGAUUUGACUGGGGAGAAGAUUCAAUUCACAACCAGGCUGCUAUUGAGUUGUCCGGCGGGCGAUAAGGUAACUGAUACAAACCAUUGUGCAAACUUCUCCUAAUACUGGUCUGAUUAAUGAACCAUAAUUCUGCAAUAUGUUCCUGUACUUGUGUUCUGCUGGUUCCUUUUCUUCUUGUUUUAUCUAGUCAUUUUAAUGCCUCCCAAAGAUCCCUUUCUGAUUUCUGCUUCACACAUGGUUCUAAUGAUUCAAAACCGUUGGACUGCCCCAAUUCAAACCGCAUUACAGCUAGCGGGUUAACAGUGGGUUGGGUUGGUUUUAGGCUAUUUUCAAAGACUGCAUUUUGGCAGUCGGAAUUGGUUUUAUAUUAGUAGACUGUAUAGACCGCGUUCGACCUUAUUAUUAUUAUUAUUAACAACAACAACAACAAUAAAAAUAUAUGUUACAAUGUUUUACAAAUUUGUAUAAAAAUGAUAAUAGACAAAUUAAUAUUAAAGACAAUAAUAAACAAUUAUGAUACUCAUUAAUAACUUUUAUUUGUAUUAUAGGGUUAAAUAUAGUUACCAUACCUAAAUUAUCUACUCCACAUCAAUUACCACCCUAAAGUAUUAAAACUUUGAAAAAAAAUCCUUGACCUUUGCUUUUUAAGUUUGGUCUAUUUUACCUUUACAAAAUU